UUCACAUUAUUGUCGUCGUACGUAUGUGUCUAUAAUUUAUCACAUUGAUGAUGAUAGUGUUGAUACAUCAACACGUGUUUUUUGAAGUUAAUUUAUAGGAUAUAGACUUCGUGACCGGUGACUAUGACUCGAAUAGUAUAAUUAUGAGUGACUCCGAUGACGAAGUGCUGCAACUUAAUCCAGAUACCUUGGCUGCCUUGAAUGAAUUUUAUCAAGAAAGAGAAGAUCGAAAAAAAAUUUUUCAAACUGCUUUGGAACAAAAUGAAAAUAUAAGCUGUGACAUCGAUAUUGAGGAAGACUGGCAACUAAGCCAAUUUUGGUACGAUCAUAAGACUGUAACAAAAAUAACAAAAGGAGCUAUACAGUGUACAGAUGAAAAUGCCAAAAUUGCUUUAAUUUCAUGUCCUACACUGUAUAAAGAGUUAGUACAGAUAGCAGGAAAACGUAAAGUGAAUCUUUUUGAAUUUGACAAGAGAUUUGCAGUUUUUGGCUCUGAUUUUAUUUUUUAUGACUACAAUUGUCCACAAGAUAUACUAAAAGAUUCAUACAGAACGUUUGAUCUUGUUAUCUGUGAUCCACCUUUUCUAUCAGAGGAAUGUCUAACAAAAACUGCCAUCAGUAUAAGACUGUUAGCGAAAAAUAAUAUUGUGUUGUGCACAGGAUCUAUUAUGGAUGAAUUAGCAAGAAAACUACUUGGUGUCAAAAAAUGUAAUUUUAAACCUGGACACAAAAAUAAUCUUGCUAAUGAAUUUUGGUGCUAUUCUAACUUUGAUUUUGAUAACUUUUUAAUUUAAAUAAAUUAAAGCAUUUUAUGCACAAGUAGCAAGUUAAAUCUUACUUUUCAUAUUAUUUGAGUAUGUUAUUUCAUACUUAAAUAAUAUGCAUUAAUCAAUUGGAGCACUUUUCAAAAGAUUAAUUAAGAGCGUGAAAAAUGAACCUGCCAAAUUUAUUUGCGAUUUUUUUUAAAACCAUAUUCAUGAGCAAGAUUGAAUAAUAGAUAAAAUUGCUGAAUAUUGGAACUUCUUCUUUUUGCUCAAGAAUGUUUGUUAUGCUAUUAUCAUAUCAGAAUAUUUGAAUAAUAACUAGCUAUGAAAAAGAGUAUAUCUAAGAUUUUAAAUUAUACUUUAAUAAUAUUAUGUAUGGUGAUGAAGUAAAAUACAAUGGUACUUUAAUUAUUAAAGAUACAAUUCAUAAUUGCAAAAAACAGUAAUAUUAUAUAUAUAGACAAAAACAUGUGUGUUCUA